UUGCGCCCCAGAUUUUUUUAGUUGCUGAAAAUGGGUGGCCCAUACCGGUUAAAUACGUUAAACAUUCGAGAGUUAAGAUUUCUUCGUUUUGUCAGUUUGUCUGAUAUCUUCGCGGUAAAAUCACAAAGUUGUGGCGGACAGAAACGAAGCGCGGCUCUCCGCGGGGAAUCAAACAUUAACCGGUUAAGCCAAGAGUAAAAUGCUCUAGGAGGAGCCUAAACGUGGCCCUCCCCCUCUCGCUUUUUAGCCUUUGACGUAUGAGGAGGACGAUAGCAACAGUUGCCUCGAGACCCCCGCUCGCCAUAGUGACUGUAGUCGUGGAGACAGUUACUUACCAACGGGAGCAACACUCAGCAACAGCAGCAGCAGCCGCAACUGGAGGAGAGAGAGGGAAAAGAACAGUAAAGCCAGGGCAGAUCUAAGCAGAAGCCUGAGAGUUCAGAGGUAAGUGGCCUGCUGGGGCUGUGGGUGACUUGGUCUGACUUGGCUGGUUCGAGCUCUUCCUGGUCCUGUAGUAGAGGCUUGUGUGAAAAGGCACAUGGAUGAUGGCUGGCGAAUGUGCAGAGUGUUUCAGAGAAACAUGCAGCGGUCAGAGGGUGGCUCAGAGACGGCGUCCACUGUGGCACUAAGGACGUCCACCUCAGCCCAGGCGCCUGUGGUUCAGCCCGUUCCCCCCUCACAACAGCGUGUGUUAGUUCAGACCACUGGUUCUGCCCAGAAGGGUGCUCAGGCGCAGCAGCUGCCAGUGCCUAGAGUUCAACAGGUCCCUCAGCAGGUCCAACAGGUCCAACACGUGUACCAGUCCCAGGUGCAGUACGUGGAGGGGGGGGAGGCGGUCUAUCCCAAUGGAACAAUUCGCACUGCAUACUCUUACAACCCAGACUCCCAGCUGUACGGACAGGGCAGCGGAAGCACCUAUUUUGACUCCCAGGCAGGGGGCACCCAAGUCACCACCGUUGUCUCGUCUGCCAGCGGAGUGCCCACUCACAGCAUGGUGGGCAUCGCCAUGGACGUGGGCGGCAGUCAAAUAAUUUCCAGCGGCAGUGCUUACCUGAUCCACGGUGGAAUGGAGAGCGGCCGUCACCACUCCUCUCACUCAUCCCGCUCCUCAUCUGCAAUGCUUGAAAUGGCGAUUGAAAACCUUCAAAAGUCAGAUGGGAUUGCCACUCACAAAAGCAGCCUGCUCAACAGCCAUUUGCAGUGGUUACUGGAUAACUAUGAGACUGCUGAGGGAGUGAGUUUGCCACGGAGCUCUCUGUAUAACCACUACCUGAGACACUGUCAGGAGCAGAAACUGGAUCCGGUCAACGCCGCCUCGUUCGGCAAACUCAUCCGCUCUGUGUUCAUGGGUCUUCGCACACGUCGACUUGGCACCAGGGGGAACUCAAAAUACCAUUAUUACGGCAUUCGUCUGAAGCCUGACUCGCCUCUCAACCGCAUGCAGGAGGACACACAGUACAUGGCAAUGAGACAACAGCCUGUCCAUCAGAAACAGAGGUUUAAGCCCUUGCACAAGAUGGAUGGGAUGGGAGACAGUCUGAACAGCAGCUCCCAGCACUUGUCCGGCACCCCAGAGCAGAGCAUAGCCGCCCAGAGCCAGCAUCACCAGCAGUACAUUGAUGUGUCCCACGUCCUCCCGCCCUUCCCCUCUCCCGAUCUCGGCUCGUGUCCUUUGCCUGAGUCAAUCAGCUUGAAUGAUGUGAAAAAACUGCAGAACAACUACAGGAUCCACUGUGAGGCGACUCUCGAUGUUGUGAUGAACUUGCAGUUUCAUCUCAUAGAGAAGCUGUGGGAGACCUUUUGGUAUUCAACAGCGCCAUCUAGUGACGGAGCAACUACUAUUGCCAACAGUGAAGAGGAUAUGGAAGACAUCAGAGGUUUCCCCAGAGAGAAGCUGAUGGCUCUGUGUAAAUAUGAACCAAUCACAGAUUGGAUGAGAAGCUGUGAUCACAUCCUGUAUCAGGCACUGGUGGAGAUCCUCAUCCCUGAUGUACUGCGGCCUGUUCCCAGUACACUCACUCAAGCUAUCAGAAACUUUGCAAAGAGUUUGGAGAGUUGGUUAACAUCAGCCAUGAGUGACUUUCCACAGGAGAUUGUUCGCACUAAGGCAGCAGUAGUGAGUGCGUUUGCGCAGACCUUGCGCAGGUACACCUCUCUAAAUCACCUUGCGCAAGCGGCCCGUGCCGUCCUGCAGAACACAUCCCAGAUCAACCAGAUGCUCAGCGACCUCAACCGAGUGGACUUCGCUAACGUUCAGGAGCAGGCGUCCUGGGUGUGUCAGUGCGACGAGAGCGUCGUCCAGCGUUUAGAGCAGGAUUUUAAAGUGACCCUACAGCAGCAGAGCUCUCUGGAUCAGUGGGCCACCUGGCUGGAGAAUGUCGUCAACCAGGUGCUAAAACCUUAUGAAGGCAGUCCCAGCUUCCCCCGCGCCGCCCGCCAGUUCCUCCUCAAAUGGUCUUUCUACAGCUCCAUGGUGAUCAGAGAUCUGACUCUGCGCUCGGCCGCCAGUUUUGGCUCCUUCCACCUCAUCCGUCUGCUCUAUGAUGAAUACAUGUUCUAUUUGGUAGAGCACCGUGUCGCCCAGGCAACCGGAGAGACGCCCAUCGCUGUCAUGGGGGAGUUCAGUGACCUCAGCACAAUGAUGCCAUCAAUCAUGGAGAAAGACACCUCAUUCUCAGAUGAUCUGGCCAGUGAUGGAGAUAUGUCAAGAAGCAUGAGCGAGCCAGCAGUGAAGAGAGAGAGAAUCGAGAUCAAUCACUCUCUGCAGGAGAUCUAAGAGCCUCAUGCCAGACCACGAGCCGGCCGCUUGUGUGUGUGUGUGUGUGUGUGUGUGUAUUCUCAGCAGUGAAUGUAGGGCUGCUUGUGGCCAAGCUAACACUAUGUGAGGUUUUGGUUUAGCUUGAGGGUACGUCAGUUUGUCUCUCCUUCUCGCUCUCCCCGUUAGGUUUUCUGCGACUGUGAAUAAAGAACGUGUUGGUUUUGUAAUGUUUUUCCUUUUUGUUGACGUGCCAUAGUCUUCAUUCAGUGCCUUAGAAACACUAGAGCAGACCUAUCUCUAUUUUCGUCUCUAUCUCUCGUUCUGUCAUUUUCUCGGCCGUGCCUCUAACCGCAGAAUGAAUGUAUCGUCUCAGAACCUCAGAUGUCUAAAGCACCUUUUAAAGAUGGUCUCAUUUUUAGUCGUGCCCUUAAAGACUUUCGGCCUCGGCCGAUACCUGCGGCUCUUCAGGCUUAGAUGCAACCCCGCUGACCCAAAGCCGCCCGCUCAGCUGCACUGCAGCGUUCCGCCCAAACCUGCUGCACAUGCAAAUGCCUUUCCAUGAUGACAUGGAGGGUCGACACUUAAUCCUUGCAGUUUUGUAGAUAUAAAGCCCUGGCCAUAUGAGAUGACUAGUCUAUACCUCAACAGUUUUUACUCCUCAAUGUCUAACUGUAAUGUUUUGUAAAUCACUAUUGAAGCGCAUCCCAAUGUCAAGUUUCAGGAUGUACAUACGCCUACUGUGUUGAUGGUUAUUACUCUGGUAGAGCCAUUUUCCUAGACACCAAGUAGUGCAGAUCUCACCAAAUAUGGUUUGUAAAACAUUGGUUUAGUUUUGUAGACGUUCUUAGUUGUUUGCAGUGGUUAUAAAGAGCCUAGAUGAUUUGUGAAUAUAUUGAAAGUACCUGUGUGUGUGUGUGUGUGUGUGUGUGCGUGUGUGUGUGCGCGCAAGUCUCUAUACAAAGCCUUCUAAUGUAACUGGAAGUGAGUGUGCAUUCACCGGGUUAUGUGAAUAUUUUGUCAUUUUUAUUAAAUUGAACAUAUGUAGGCCUACCUGAGCUUUUUACAUAGCCUCUUUUUAUAAAGAUUAAAACCUUCCUUUGCAUAACAGACCGAAGUAGAUAUUGUGUAUAUGUAAUAGCAAAAAACAUAUGGGUGACGCAUUAUAAUUCUAUGAACCCUCACAUCUCGCUUUUUCUAGAUGAUUUAGAAAACCCAAAAUAGAUACAUGCAGUAACAGAAAAUAUGCAGAUACUUACAGAAACUCAUCACCUGGUGCUGUACAUCUGAUCUGUUGAUUUAAUUGUAACGCUUUAGAUGGAAAGCUGUUGAUGUGCCCAACUGACCGAUGUAAAGCUGGAAAUAUUUUCUAAAGAUGUUGUUUUUGUUUGUAAUCGUUUGAUUUCCAAUGUUGUGCUGAACCCAGAUGUAAUCUUAACCGGUGCCUGGUAGCGGCCCGUAACGGGCACCCUACACACCCCUCUCUGCUAUUUACAAAGAGAAUUGUCCUUUCUACUUGCUGUUUUGUGUGUUCUGAGAAGUGAUUGGCUGAUGUUCUCUCACCGUGGUUGGUUGUGAGUGUCAGGCUCUCUGUAUUCUAACGCCUGUCACGUUUGUUGCCUUUCGUGUGCUUUUGGGAUGGGAACUUUGUGGUUUCUAGUUUUCUUUUAUAAUGCUGUUUUAAAGCUUCUGGCUAAGGAAUAUUUUUAUGGAGGUAGAUGCAAUUCUUCUCACUACUAUAUUGAUACCUUAUUUUUGUGUCUUUAAAAAUGUUCUUUAUUUAGCUUCAACCGCUUAGUUGGACUGUAUUUUGUACUGGUAAAAAGUGUAAUAAAUUUGUGUAAACCACUUUUGUGUGAUGCU